AUGAUUGCCGAGCUGUUCCCCAGUGUUCCUGGAUGGACCUUGAUUGCGAUUCUGGUCGGUCUUUAUUGUCUGAUCCCAAGCCAACAAUCACAAUUCCCCCUGGUCAACCACUAUCCCGGCGACCUUUUUCGCCGGAAGGCGUACCAAAAGUAUAGCCACAAUGCUAAAAAGCUCAUUGCCGAUGGACUCGCCAAGUAUCAGGGCCCAUUCACUCUCCUGAUUCCAAAGGGGAAGAAAAUCAUCUUGCCUUCGUUCCUCAGUGACUGGGUCAAGACGAACAGAGACCUUGAUCACCAGGAGCUGCCCCGACAGAAUGUUGAUCGACUUGCUUCGAACCAAGUUGACUCAGUUAGAGGAACUUUUGCCCACGAUCAACCAGCACGUUACGAUUGCUUUGCAACAACACGGGGGGGGGGGGGGGAGGACCAGUCCUGGCAUCAACUUGAAUGGGAAAAAGAUACCACCGGAAUCAUUUCACUGGCAGCGGCCUCGGUAUUUGUGGGGCCCGGAAUGGCCCUGGACUCUGAAUGGCAAAAUGUCGUCCAAACAUAUGUCCGGGAAUUCUUCACUGUGCACAAAGAUGUUCUUUCCUGGACCUCCAACAUUGCAAGCAACAAGCUACCCGCCGGCGACAUUCAACUUGCUUUGGCCAUGGCAGGAGUUUUCACCACAAGCGAAGCCUUUAGACAGGCUCUUAUCGAUCUUGCCCAGCAUCCGGAGCUGGUCGCGCCCCUGAGAGAGGAAGUCACGCAGUGCAUCGCGGAGCAUAGAUUGUCUCAGAUUGCGCUGCAGAGGAUGGAAUUACUGGACAGCGUGAUGAAGGAGUCCCAAAGAUUCACCCCCGCAUUAGUGGGACCGGAACGUAAGGUGAUUCGUGAUACUACGCUUCCGGAUGGCAGAACGAUACCAAAAGGGUCCCACCUGAUGGUUGACUCGAGCGACAUGUGGAGUUCCGAAGUUCACAAGCAGCCUGAUACUUUCGAUGGGUACCGCUUUGUGAAGCGGCGUCAGACUGGAGACAAAGCGAGCUCAUAUGUGCAGUCAAGUCGGGAGCACAAUGUAUUUGGGAGUGAAAGACAUAUUUGCCCUGGCCGGUUCUUCGCCGGUACCGAGUUGAAGAUAUGUUUGGCUCACAUCCUGUUGAAGUACGAUAUCCAGUUGAAGGAGGGUUAUGUUUCUGCGCCCUUGCAAUUCGGAGCUUAUGUCGUCAUUGACCCAUUUGCCAAUUUUGAGGUUCGGCGGAGAUCAGAGACUGAACCAUGCCCGUUGAAGGCUGGCUGGCUGGAAGCUGGAAGCCGGAAGCCGGACAUGGAUCUUGGUUAA